CUACAUCAGCUACACGGUCAAGGAGUAAACUAACGGAGCUCUUAAAGCUCGUUAUUCACAUUCAGAGACUCAACUUCGUGGCAGUCAAGUGACACGCGAGUGAGUUUAAAUUAUUGUGAUUGAGCUUGGAACGACCGCGAGCCCCUCUGUCCCCUUGUAUUGUCACAAAGUAUAAUAAUCUUCGGUAUGCGCGGGGGAGGUGAAUCUUGUGAUAAUAAAAAGCGUCGUUGCUGUUGUUGUAGAAACAAUACACAAAUCCAGUUAUGCUGCUGAUGUCCGGAGCAUGGUUCGAGGUAAUAAUUGUCGCACUUUUCACUGGCCUUGUGUUGGCCUCCAGUUAUCAGCCAUCAUGGUGGUUCGUCAUCAAAAAUCUCUGCAAGGAAAUAUCCUCCAAUCGAACAACAGACGGAAGAGGUAGGACCGUCAAAAAUAUUCCUGGCCCGUAUUCUUUGCCAUUUUAUGGCACGAGGUGGAUUUUUUCCUGGUUGGGCUACUAUGAUAUGAACAAGAUCCAUGACGCUUACAAAGAUCUGAAUCGACGCUAUGGACCAAUGUGCAAGGAGGAGGGGCUGUGGAAUUAUCCAAUUAUUUCAAUUUUUUCUCGAGAAGACAUCGAAAAAAUCAUCAAAAGAAACACAAAGUAUCCCCUUCGACCUCCACAAGAAAUCAUCUCCCAUUAUCGAAGCACUCGUCAAGAUCGAUAUUCCAACCUUGGUCUCGUCAAUGAGCAAGGAGAAACGUGGCACAAGUUGAGAUCUGCCCUCACCCCGGAACUAACUGGAGCCAAAACCGUCCUAGGAUUUUUCCCAAUUCUCAAUGAGGUCACCAAUAAAUUCAUGGAUCUGAUAAGGAGCAGGAGAAUCGAAUGCAAAAUCGACGGAUUCGAGGAAAUUGCAUACAGAAUGGGACUGGAAAGUACGUGCACUCUAAUAUUAGGACGUAAACUGGGUUUCCUGGAACCAGGUCCAUGUACCUUAACGUCCAGGUUGGCGGAAGCUGUGAGAGCACAUUUCAUAGCCUUGAGGGAUGCCAAUUAUGGUUUGCCACUCUGGAAGCUGCUUCCAACCACUGCUUACAAACAGCUGAUACAGAGUGAAGAAGCGAUAUACAACAUCGUUUCAGAAUUGGUCGAUGAAACUUCUGAAGAACAAUCAAAAUGUGCCCAGGAUGAAGAUAUCGAGGCUGUCUACAAAUCGAUUAUGCGAGAAGAAAAUCUCGACAUGAGGGACAAAAAAGCAGCCAUCAUCGACUUCAUCGCUGCUGGAAUUCAUACCUUAGGCAAUACAUUGGUCUUUCUAUUCCACAUGAUUGCCAGCAAUCCUGAAGUACAAAAAAAACUUCAUGAAGAGGUUGAAUUUUUGGCAACACCAGGUUGUGAUCUCGUAGUCGAUGAUCUUCGCAAUGCAAAAUAUUUAAAGGCCUGCAUCAACGAAUCUUUCAGGCUUCUUCCAACAGCUCCUUGCCUUGCUAGAAUUUUGGAUGAGCCCGCAGAACUCGGAGGCUAUCAUCUUGAAUCUGGAACUGUCGUGGUUUUGCAAACGUGGAUAGCAGGAUUAAGUGAUAGCAACUUUAAAGAUGCGAGUAAGUGCAUUCCAGAAAGGUGGAUAGACCCACCCACUCCGCAUUCGCCACUUCUUGUCACACCUUUUGGUGCUGGACGGCGAGUUUGUCCAGGCAAGCGUUUCGUUGAACAGGCUCUCCAUCUUAUUCUUGCAAAGAUUGUUCGAGAUUUCGAGAUCGUCACAGAAGAAGAGCUGGGUCUGCAAUUUGAAUUUAUCCUGGCGCCGAAGGGUCCCGUGUCUCUCCAUUUUCGAGAUCGAGUAGUCCUAAAUUGAACCUCGACCAAAAACCCUUAGAAAAUCCUAACUAAUAAAACAAACAAAUAAAAAGGAAGGAAUCGCGAAAAAAAAGAAUCGUCAAUAAUAGUCGAAUAAAUUUAUUCGACGCGCGUUUAUUAAUUUCUAAAAUCAUUCCGACAUUGCUUUUGAUAGAUUUAUCAUUAGACACAUUUUUUAAGUUUGUAUUAUUAUAUGCGCGCGUAAGUUGUUUUAAUUAGUUGAAUGGGAACUCUGUUCGUCCGUGUAAGGUAUUAAUUGUUAUUCAUCUUUUGUUGUGUGUUAUUUAUAUUUCAACUCGAAAUAGUCUGUAGAUACAACAGAUUUUGCUCAGCAGUUUAUUUAAAGCUGAAAACGAAAAUAAAAAAGAUUUUUCUAAAACCGCAAAUAGAAGUAAAAAAUAGAAAAAUUCAUUCAUUCAUCUGAAUAUUUAUUUCCGAUAAAUCUUCUCUUUUUCAAAUAAAGUCUCUUUAUUUUGAAAAGUACUUCUUUUUCUCGAAAGUAUUUUCUUUCCAAAAAAUACUUUGUUCUGAUAAGAAUUUCUUUUCAUAAAAAUAUAUUUUUUUUCAAAGAGAAGUUACGUUUUGAUUAAAUAAAUAUUGAUUUUUAUUUGCGGUUUUUCUUCAGGGUGGGGAAUUUUUUUUUGAUGGGUUAAUUAAUUUCUUUUAUUUGAACUGCAGACGCGUGGGCACUGAUGUAAAAUUUUCGCGAAUAAAACUUUGUACGAAUGGCGCGUAGGUUGAUAAAAUCUGGAGAAUUCACAAGAAUUGAGGCACUUUUUUUGAACUUCUUUUCCUCUAGAAGAAUAUCUUUUACCAAAUUUUUUUACCUUUUUGGGGGAUGUUAAAAGUGAUAGAGAAUUGUUUUAAUGUGCUACAAAAAGCAAAUUUUAAAAUCGAAAUUUCAAAUUUGCUUUUUUUUCUCGAAAAUAUUUCUGCUUUCAACUCUUCCUCAAGGCUUUCAGAGAUAGAAAAAAUAUUCAUUAAACAGUUUUCUUCGAGGGAAAGAAGUUAUUUGAUAAUAAAUUAGAAUCGGAACUCUCGGAAAUUGAAAAUUGAAACUUUGAAAAAUUGUCAAAAUAUUUUGCAAAUAUUUCUAGGUGAAAAUUCUUCUUUGUUCGAGUUUCGCUUUUUGAAUUUUUAUACUGUCUCAUAUUCGAGAGGGUGAAUUCUCUGAAUUGGAAAAUGUAAUUUCUGCGAAUUCAGUGCCCAGUGAACAAGACUUUAUUUCCUAGCUUUGUAAGUCCAAUUUUAAAUGAAUACAAUGUUUGAAAAAUGGCAAAUUGUUUAAAUGUUCAUUUGUUCAAACGUUGAUGUUUAUUGGAAUUGUUUAGAAAAAAUAAUAUGUGUUAGGAAUAAUAUAUUAUCUAUCGAAUAUCGUCGUUUACGUUUCAAGUAUUUACUGAAAUGAAUUUGUACAAUGAAUAAUAAUGGAAUUGCGGUUGUCGAGUGAGAAAGAUCUUUCGAUAUUCUUUCUUGAAUAUAUGUUAUUUUGGCAAAUCUCUGACACUUUUGCAUAUCGCAAUUCUAGCUGUACCUGAAUUUAAAGUGCCCUUUAACUUCGUAAGAUUAUGUAUAUUAUAUUGUAAAUUAUAAUGAAAUUGUAAAAAGGAGUACAUACCAUUAUUAAAACAUCUAUGGUUCAAUCAA